GCGGGGGCGAGCGGCGGGCGGCGGGCGCGGGAUGGCCGCGGCCACCUCUAACCCCUACCUCCCCGGCAACGGCAUCCUGGCGGCCGGCUCCAUCGUCCACGCGGACUCGGGCGGCGGCGGCGGCGGCGGCGGCGGCGGCAUGCAGCCGGGGAGCGUGGCCGUCACCUCGGUGGCGGGCGGCUACCGCGGCGACCCGGCGGCCAAGAUGGUCCAGAGCGACUUCAUGCCGGGCGCCAUGGCCGCCAGCAACGGCGGCCAUAUGCUGAGCCAUGCCCACCAGUGGGUGACAGCCCUGCCCCACGCCGCCGCCGCCGCCGCCGCCGCCGCCGCCGCUGCCGCCGAAGCGGGCUCGCCCUGGUCCGGCAGCCCCGUGGGCAUGACGGGCAGCCCCCAGCAGCCGCCGCCGCCGCCCGACGUCAAGGGCAGCGGCGGACGCGACGACCUGCACUCGGGCGCGGCGCUGCACCACCGGCCGCCCCACCUGGGCCCCCCGCACCAGGGGCACCCGGCGGCCUGGGGGGCGGCGGCGGCCGCCCACCUACCCUCCAUGGCCGGCGGGCAGCAGCAGCAGCAGUCGCUCCUCUACUCGCAGCCCGGGGGUUUCACAGUGAACGGCAUGCUGAGCCCCCCCCCCGGCGGUCAGAGCCUGGUGCACCCGGGGCUUGUGCGCGGCGAGACGCCGGAGCUGGGCGAGCACCCCGGGCAUCACCACCACCACCACCACCAGCACCCCGGGCACCACCCGCCGCACCACGGCGGCGUCAACAGCCACGACCCGCACUCGGACGAGGACACGCCGACCUCCGACGACCUGGAGCAGUUCGCCAAGCAGUUCAAGCAGCGGCGGAUUAAGCUGGGCUUCACCCAGGCCGACGUGGGGCUGGCGCUGGGCACCCUGUACGGCAACGUCUUCUCGCAGACCACCAUCUGCCGCUUCGAGGCCCUGCAGCUCAGCUUCAAGAACAUGUGCAAGCUGAAGCCUUUGUUGAACAAGUGGCUGGAGGAAGCCGACUCUUCCACGGGCAGUCCCACCAGCAUCGACAAGAUCGCCGCCCAGGGCAGGAAGAGGAAGAAGCGGACCUCCAUCGAGGUGAGUGUCAAGGGGGCCUUGGAGAGCCACUUUCUGAAAUGCCCCAAGCCCUCCGCCCAGGAGAUUACGAACCUAGCGGACAGCCUGCAGCUGGAGAAGGAGGUGGUCAGGGUUUGGUUUUGCAAUCGGAGGCAGAAAGAGAAACGGAUGACCCCCCCGGGGAUCCAGCAGCAGACCCCCGACGAUGUCUACUCCCAGGUCGGCACCGUCAACUCCGACACGCCGCCCCCUCACCACGGACUGCAGACCAGCGUGCAGUGAGGGCACCGCGGGCGGGCCGGGCAGCGCGGGGCAGCGCGGGCCAGGCCGGGCCGGGCACCGCCGCCGGCACCGCCACCGGCCCCGGCACCGCCGCGCACAGCCGCACGCUCACACCGACACACACGCGCGCACACACACACACACACACACACACACGAUCCAGGCUCGUUCAGACUGCUUGUGUUUAUAUAUAUAUGGAUAUAUGCGUGCAUCUAUAUAUAUAUAAGAUCGAUACCAAUAGGGAGCGGUGGAGAAGGUCGAUCCGAGCGAGAGCGUUUAGACCGUGUUGGGAAGACGGGGUGGAGAUGCAUAAUGCACCAAAACUGCAGAUGUGCCGGGGGGUUGGUUGGUUGGUUGUGGGGAAAGGGCUUGGGGGGUGGGCUUGGGCUUUUUAAAUUUUAUUUUUAUUUUUAUUUUUCUCCAAAUUAUCCCCUUCUCGCAGUAAGGAACACCACUGUCUGCGCUUCUUCUCUCCCCUCCUCCUCCCCCCCACCCCCCGCACUCUUCCCCCCAUCCCCAAAAGGGCUCUCUUCUAUGAAUCACAGAAACUUUUUUUCUCCUUUCUCUCUCCCUCUUUUUAAUUUUUUUUUCCAAUGGGAGCAGUCAAAAAAAUGGGAAGCAGAAGAAAAAUAAUCUGGUUAAUCAGAGGGUGCCUGCUGCAUUCCAGCACCCUGUUUUUCUUGGCCAAACCGUAGAAUUUUGGUGCAAGGCAGAUAUCCACUCUGAAAACAUAUAUAUCUAUAUAUCUAUAUAUUCUGCAAAAUGAAAGGGUCCACUUUUUCCAGGAAAAAAAAAAUAUGCACACAGCACUAAAAACAAGCAGGCUGAAUAGGGAAGCAAAUACAUAUAUAUAUAUUUAUCUAUAUAUAUAGGUAUAGCUAUAGAACAAAAAUAUGGAAAUAAAUGCCCGCACGCGGAGAAAACUGACCCUGAGGAUAAAGGGGGGAGGGACAGACGCCAGGGGGAGGGUGAGAGAAGGAGAUGUUGUUGGUCCCUAAAGUUCGAGCUCUGUAGAAGGACUUUGCAUGAAUUAAAGGAACCAGGGAAAGAAAGGGAAAUAAUUUAGGGCUGUCAAAGUCCUGCUCCUGACGGCUGCCAAUCAUCAUGGAAGAGUCAUAAAAAAAAUCCACUGCUAAUAUUUUUUUUAUUAAUAUUUUUAUUUUUUAUUUCUGGACUGAUUCAGAUAAAGGGAUUUAGAAGGACUGAGCAUCUGCAGCUGCACUUAUCUGAACUUCUCCUCUCCUAAAUCCGUUGCCAACUUUGAUUGAAUGGGUGCUGUGGAUGUGAUUAUAUAAUACUGCCAUUUCCAAGCAGUGUUUUUGGUAGGUUUUAAUAAACAGACUUUUCAAAAAGACGGCAAUAUAGAAUUGUUAGAUCCGUUGUUGAUCUAAAAAAAAAAUUUGCUUUAUAUUUUCAUUAAAUGACUUCUUUUAAUAUUUUAUUCAGAAUACCUAUGAACUGCUGCAAAACGGUAAUUUAUUUUUUCCCCAGAUCUUGUAUUACGUGUUUUUUUCAGACGAGCACAAAUCAAAAUGAAAUGAAAAUAUGGACAGUUGUUAGGUAAUAAGGGUAUCUUUUGAUGUGAUAAUUUGAUUGUAAUUUAAUUUGAGUAGUGAUUCCGUAAGAGCUGAUUGAGAAAAUAAAUUUGUUAGAAUGAAAUAGUCUGUGUCUGAUGCAUAAACACUGUGUCGAAAAACAAACAAACGAAAAAGUUCUCUGAAGGGACAUACUGCUAAAGUGAGGGGAAUCCGGAGGGUGCGACCUGCGGGCUGCCCGGCCCCUGCUCCCGGCAGUGCCCCCGCCUCGCCCUCGCUGCUGCGCGCCCGGCGCGGGGCUGUGCCCUGCCCGCCGCUCCGCCGGGCCCGUUCUCGCUGCGUCCCUCAGCGCCGGGACGCUGUGUCACCGGGAAGGACGGCGGCAUUAGAGCUCGCCACACGCCACCUUGUCCCGAAAGGGCUGCGGCGCCUCGGUUUGGGCUGGCACCCGGGCGCGGGCGGCACCUGAGCGCGUCCUCAGGUCCCGCGUGGCCGCUGCUGAGAGGGAUGUUUCCAAAAGUUCAGCCUUGUUUCCUCUCUUUCCAAACUGAGGCUAG